AUGACGCUGAGUUGUGGGUCGAAGGUUCUCAAGUAUAUGUUAUUUUUUACGAAUGGAAUCGUUUGCGCUGCUAGUGUAUUCUUCUUAAUUGUUGCUAUUCGUGGUUUAGCAUCAGAUGUCUUUCCCAAAGGUUUUCCAUCAACCCCUGAACGUUUUGAAUUUAGUAAAGCUGGACUCAUUAUGUUGGCGGUCUUCGCGACUUUAUCGUUCUUGAUCAGUUUUAUGGGUUGUCUUGGUGCAGUGAACGAGCAGAGGGGCUUGUUGCUUGCAUAUGCGCUGAUUAUGUUCGUCUUCAUUUUCUGCUUAAUUGCCGCUCAAAUCGUCGCUGCAUCAUCUUAUUCCAAGCUUGAAGAGACUGCCGAAUCAGUGAUGACGGAUGCGUACAAGGGUAAAGAAAAGAAUGCUACCGAGCUUGAAAGUUUCAAGAAACUUGAAAUGCAAUUCCACUGUUGUGGGCCAAGCGUUGAAUUAAAGAAGAUCUGGGUCGCGGCUGGUGCAUGCAAAAAUGAAACUUCAGAUUGGGAGUUCGAGGCCCCUUGCAGUAAAUUGAUUUUACAACAAUUGGGAGUUGCUUGUUUGGUGGUGACGUUGGUGCUUCUUUUUGCUACGAUAAUCGCAAUGGGAUCUGCAUGUUGUCUCCGAUCAGCAAUCAUAGAUCGUGGCUCUUAUGUAGCAUUUUCUUGA